CCGUGGUAGCGUGGGCGAGCAAGGGGAGCAUGGGGAAGCAAUGGCCUUCUGCACUGAACAGCACCGAUCGUGGUCUGGUCACGGCCGGCAAGGUCACCGGUAGUCGGCAGAGGAUGCGAGAUGCCAACCCCCAACUCACCUCCACACAUCAUCACAAGACACCUUGAUGACAUGCUAACCUCCUACCAGAAUGGUGUGGUGACAUGCGUCGCCGCCAGACUGUAUUGAGACCUAGCACGUAGGAAUUUCUCCCAAGGGCUGUCGAGAAAUGCGUGUCAUGUACAUACUAGUAGUAUCUCUGCUACCCCCACCCACACGUACAAUACCUCCGGGUCCUAUGAUGGCCGCAGACUGACCGGUUCGCACACCAGGACCGCACAGAAUUUAAGUAGUCCUCAGCGUACUGGUACCCGGGCCAGUUUGGGCAUGGUUCCCGGGGAUCGUCCGACUUUAACGGGCCUGUCUGAGUCGUGCUCUGGACGGUGCACUGACCGACGCGGUCUGGGGAGCCCGGAGCAAACCCGCUCGCGGACGAGAAAGACCUGCGUAGGAAUCCUGCGAAGCUUGUUGAGGCGUCGACCCAAUAUUGCCGGAAACUCGGCUUGUGGCCUGGACUCGGCAAGUACCUGUCCUACUCUACUCCCUUCUGCUAGGGAUCGCGACGGAUCCUGUCACGCACAACAAACAACCCGAGGGGGCACGGGAAAUCCGCCAAGACCAGUGUCUAGGAGAAUCACAGCGCAGAGAGCCAGCAGUUUCAGGUGGAAGGGCGCACGCCUAAACCUCAGGCGAGCGCGGCCUACGGGGUGGCUGCCCUCCAGCCAGCAAUCCCGAUGUCCGUCACAAAGAACAGACGGGAAAACCGUGACAACCGCAUUCCCAGCCAAGCUAACCAAAGUAGUAGCGAUAAGAGUCGGACGAGAGCCAGGGGGGAGCGGAGGGGAGGGGAGGAAGAAAGUUGCAUCGGGCAGGGUCGGUCCUCGAAGUCUGGCUUGGCCCGCCUCGCUCGAGAGGGGAGAAGCUGUUGGUAGGUUUAAGUGUUUCUAGAUGAGAAGCACAUCAAGUAGCAACCAUGCAAGUGCCGAGGCCGCUCUACGACAAAGCGCCGUAGAAACAACGUCAUAGCCGAUUUCCAAGGGAAAAAUCGAAGUUCUGCCGUUUUAG